AUGGGGAAUAAGCAGACAAUCUUCACGGCGCAGCAGCUUGAUGCGUAUCAGGACUGCACAUUCUUCACAAGGAAGGAAAUUCUAAGACUAUUCGACCGGUAUCGAGACUUGGCACCACAGCUCGUUCCUCUCGACUACACAGACCAGCCAGAUGUGAGGCUACCAUACGAGCUCAUUGGCAGCAUGCCAGAACUGAAGGACAACCCGUUCCGCCAGAGGAUCGCUGAGGUUUUCUCGGAGGACGGAGAGGGAAACAUGACCCUGGAUGACUUCCUGGAUAUGUUCUCCGUGCUGAGUGAGAUGGCUCCACGAGAUCUGAAAGCCUACUAUGCAUUUAAAAUCUACGACUUCAACAAUGAUGACUUCCUGUGUAUGUCUGACCUGGAGAAGACGCUGAACAAGCUGACGCGGAAUGAGCUAACGGAGGACGAGGUCAGGAUGGUAUGUGAGAAGGUGAUCGACGAGGCCGACCUGGACAAUGAUGGACGUCUCUCGCUGGAGGACUUCCAGCACAUGAUCGUCCGUGCUCCAGACUUCCUCAGCACCUUCCAUAUAAGGAUAUGAAGACUAAAGAGAUGCCAUGGACACUACCACCAUGGAUCCAAACAUUUUCUCUACCAAAGAUGUUAUAGGGACCUUUAAAGUGUGCACUAUGCAGGCUUAGGCUAGUUGUUUUUUACUUUGAUGUAGGCCGGAGACAGCCCACUGACCUG